AUGGCAUUCCUAGAGCAGGUGCGUUCCCCUCGCCUCUCCUUUAUUCAGACGGUCUUGUCUCUCUUGCUGGGUGGCAUGGCCCUGUUGUCCCCCUACUGGUGCGUGGGUAAACAGAAGGUACCAAAGCCACUGUGUUCAGCCAUCAAACAAAGCAACUGUGUCCCCGUUCCCGGCUUGGCCAACUCUUCUAACAUCCAGUCCUGGGAUACGGGUGAUGACCGCUUCAUCUUCCCCACCUUCCAUACUGGCCUGUUUAUCACCUGUGAGGAGAACAUCUACACAGAUGCGUGGGAGGAGAAGUGUAGAGGGUUUCAUACUUUGACUCCAGGAUCUGAAACAGCAAUGAUGUGGUUUUCGCUAUCAUUGGAGGUCAUGUAUAUUGGACUGCUGUUAAUCAGCUGCACACUACUGUCUGUGCAGUUGUGUAUCAGGGCGUGUUGCCCCUCUACACAACGUUGUGGACAGAUGCUCAACGCUUUUGCUUCCAUCUUCACAGUCCUGGGAGGUCUGCUUGGGAUGGUGGGUCACAUGAUGUUCAUGCAGGUGUUUCAGACUACUGUCUCAAUGGGACCAGAAGACUUCAAGCCUCACAGUUAUGGCUACUCCUGGGCGUUUUAUGUGGCCUGGAUUGCCUUCACUGUCUGCAUGUCAGCUGGUGUCUCCACUCUGAACAACUACACAAAGAGGGUGCUGAUGGUGGGACCCCGGCGUAACUCUAGCCUCAACCGCUGCAGCUUUAACUUCAUGGGGCUCCUGCCACCGGCUCCUUAUUACACCCCCCCAAACCCAGCCAUCACCCUGGCCUGUCCACAGUCCCCCCCACACAUCUCCCACUUGUCCCCCUACUACGAGCCCCCAUCAGCUGCGUUGCCACCCACCACUCCGAGGCUCACACACUCCCACUCCCUUCCUCUCUCCUGCUCUGACUCCUUCCCUGCUCACCCCUCCCACCCUGCGCCUGCAUCCCCAUUUCACCGCCUGUCCCUCCCUUCUCCGUCUGCCUCGUACAUCCCGUCCGUCUCCAUCCACAUACCCCUGCCGGGACACCAGGAGGACAUGUCCCCUCCUUAUGAGCCAGAGGAGGACUACAGCCCACUUUGA